AUGAUCACUGCUGAACUACUGGAAGCUCUUCUUUCGCCAGACUUGCUCCGCAGAUCACAAGCAGAAGAGCACUUCCAAUCACUCGCUGUUUUGGAUCGGGUGCAAGGACUGAUGAAUCAGCUCGGCCACAACUCGCCGUCCAUUCAGCUUUUGGCACCCGUUUUGCUGAGACGAGACAUCCUCAAGCUCACCGACAUCAACUUGGUCAAUCAAUUGAUCUUGCCAUUGCUCGCUUCAUUUCCUGGAAGACCCCACGUAGGACACUGCCUAGCUGAAGUUUGUGCGACACUUUCCAUUAUUGGUACGGAUUCAGCGGCCGAUGCUGCACUUCAGAAAGUAUUGGCUUUCAUUGAACCUGCUCUGAAACAAGGAGAUUUAAUCUCCAUACGUUUGCUGGCCGACUUGGCAGAUCGUGCUCCAAUGGCGUUUGCCAGAGUCGCCACACCGUCAUUGUCAUCUUUGAUUUCGGAAUCUUCUGCGACCUCUUCCGAUUGCCUGCUCGAUGUCUGGACCCAUGUACUCGUCAAUGGCGCAAUUGCAACGACCAUUAAGACAUCAUCCCUUUCCAGAGAACUUCCCAAGUUGGACGAAUUGCAAGUGGAUCCGGCCUCUCCUGCAUCGCAAACGCUCAGCGCAUCCUUGACCACCUUGCUGCAAGGCUAUGGGACCAUGCGAGACGAGGAAUCCAUCAAAUCCUGCAUGGAACACUUGAGCCAAGCAACCAUUCAGUGCCCUUCCCUGUUGGGAGGGAAUGAGGUCGUCCUCAAUACCUUUUUGCACACUUGCUUGCAAUUUUUGGAAAAUUCCAAAUAUUCGAGUUCUGUCCAAUUGAGUGCCUUGGAAACACUGACCAGUUUCCUUAGUGUUGGAAGCGUGAAGCGAAAUCUCAUCACACGAAAUUUGGCCGACAGUAUCGCCGCAAAAACCGUACCAGUCUGUGCCCAGCUCAUGGCCAAUGGAGUCAACGAGAAUUUUGAUGAAUGGGCAUCUGAACCGGCGACUCUGGUGGAAGAUGCUAUAGAAGACGAGGACGAGGCUGUAUUUGCGGAGUCAUUAUUCGAGAGUAUCCUGCAGCAUUUGGGUGGUGCUGCAUUGACCGUUGCCUUGCCCUUGGUACAGCAACUCCUUUCUUCGGAGGAGUGGAAGCACGCACGAGCGGCACUGGCAAUGCUUGAAUGUGGUCUCGUGUCUACCCCAAUCAGUCUCGUUUCCAUGUUGCCACUCAUGCUCCAAGCUGGUAUUUCUUUGUCCGAAUCAGUUAAUCUUCGAGUGCAGUGGCAAGCUAUUCGGUUGCUGGGAAUUCUGGGCGAGACAUCGGACCCGUCUACCAGAGAAACACAUGCAAAAGCAAUUCUGGCGAGAUUAGCAAUGGCGGUCCAAUCCCCUUGUAACAAGGUCUCGGCCAUGGCAUCGUUGGGGAUUGUAUCAUUUUGCCGUGGGAGCGGUGAACAGGACGACGUGGAAGAUGCUGCGAAGUAUGUUCACCUAUUUCUACCAGACCUACUCAAUGCAUUGAUGAACGGUCCUUUGUCCUCCAGUUCUACGGACACUGGCUCUAUAACAGCUCGAGUACGAGCGAUGGGAGCACUUGCGUGUUUAGCAGAAUCAGUGGAAGAGAAGUUCUUCCCCUUUUAUCGUGAUGUAAUGCCGGGCCUUCUAUUAACUGCACGGUUACCCAUAGUCGAAUUGACUGGAGCUGCUGUAGAAGCUGCAACUAUUGUUGGAAGAGCCGUUGGUCUGGAGGUAUUCCGGGACGACGCGAAACAACUCUUGUCCUGGAUUCUUCCUGUGUUACAGUCACGGGCAAAUACUCAUAUUCCUCUGGAACAACUCUUGUCAGCAUGCGCAAGAGUGGCAUCUGUCUUGGGGGAAGAGUUUGCUCCAUUCGUUGACGUUGUUUUGCCAAUCUUGUUAGAGAAAGCUAAAGAAGAAGACGACAUCUCAAUUACGGAGGCCAACGAAUCUGGUUUUGGGAGCAGCAACGAAUACCAAAUGGGUAACGACACAAACAGCAUCACCGUGGCGGUUCCUGGAAAAGGAUUUACGAAAGUAACCAUCAAUACUAGCAAGAUUGAGGAAAAGUCCCAAGCCAUUCGUGCGGUCUAUGAGCAUGCCAAGGCUUUGGGUGCACUCUUUGGCCCCUAUGUCCAAGUUUCGCUAGACACUGUUUUACCGCUAUUGAACUUUCCAUACUCAGCAGAUGUUCGCAGUACAUCGGCUCAAACCCUUGCCGCUGUUUUUGAAGCGGCUUGCGCCGCAGGGGCAAAUUCGGGAGGUAUGCACAUUCCGCAGAAAUAUCUCCCUGGUGUUGCAACAUCUAUAGCAAAUCAGAUUGAAGCAGAGGAUCCAAACGACAUGGAAUCUCUAUACGCCCUAUCUGAUUCAUUGAGCGAGAUUCUAUUUGUGGUUUAUCAAUACCGCAAUGAUAGUGUAUUUCAUCGCGAAAUUGUGGGUCAGUUCUCUGUAAACCAUGCUCAAGCACUUGUUCAAAGAUGUAUGCAAGCUAUGGUUGCCUGUUUGGCACGACGAAAGCGCGUCACAAGUAUAUUGGGAGGUGCGCUUACUAGUAAGGAUGAGCAAGAAGAAUACCUUCGUUUGUUGAAGGCAGAAGAAGUACUUUUGACAUCAUUGGUUGAUAGCGUGGGAUAUACACUCAAAAUGUUCCGCGUCGAGUUUGUUCCAAUCUUUGAAUCGUUGGUCGUACCAGUGUUGGGACCAAUACUCUCAUCAACCAACGAUAUUCGGGCUUUGCACUCAGCACUGUGCCUCUUUGUGGAUUGCGUUGAGCACUGUGGGAAAGAGGCUGCUUCUAAACAAACAGAUCGAAUUCUUGGAGCAAUCAUGGGAGUCAUCGGCGAAGGGGACGCUGCAAACAGGGAUUUAUUGCAGACUUCUGUGUAUGGGAUUGCUCAAAUCAGCCGCUAUGCCCCUGGUUGCCUCACAGAUUCGCAUAUUCAGAUGAUUGUCCACGCGCUCCUCGCACUCACGGACUGUUCGAAGGAAGAAGCCGGGGAUGACAUCUAUUUGGUCGAGGUUGCAGCAUCUGCACUUGCAUCAAUUACGUUGUUUGGGCGGCAUUCGAACCUCAAAUUCGUUACGCAAGAUACUUUGGUGACACGAUUCUUGAAUCACUUGCCGAUCCAAGAAGAUGAAGACGAAGCGAAGAUAUGCCAUGCAGGAUUGUGCCAUUUGAUUGAAUCGCAAGUCAUUGACGUGAGCAAAAAUGCUGUCAAAAUUUGUCAAAUCGCGGGCCAAGUAUUGUCUGCUGUCAGCGAUGGUGAAGAAAUUGCAUCACCUGAAACGUGUGAGAAUCUAGUUAGUAUUUUGAAAGUCAUGCGUAGUGACCUACCUCAAGACAUGAUGCAACAGGCAUACUCUACUCUGCAUCCGGAAGCUCAGCAAGCAAUUUCUGCCGCAAUCUACAGCACAAGCUCUGUUGUAACACCUUGA